UUUUCUCUUUGUCAGAUAGCUGAACCCACGAUUCAAGGGAAAACUGAUUUGUAUACCUACUCCGUUUCAAAUGAGUCAGUUGGCGUAGCUUCUUGUGGAUUUGUAGUCCCGUUUUACGAAAUACCGCGUCAGUGCCAGUCCCAAAGUUAUCUCCAAGGAGUUGGACGAGUUCUCUCUUGAAAAGUCAUGUGUAAAGUAUAUUUUCUAUGUAUCAUGGAAGUUUUGUGCUGAUUAUUCAUUGAGAAUUAGGUUGAGGUUGUAUUUAUUGUGAGUUCCCUAUCAUGUAGGAAGUUGAGGCAGUUGCUUUAAUGAUGUAUUUUGUAAUGCUUUGCUCUGGUUCCAAAAAAAAGUACAAAUAGGUCAGUCUAAAGUGAGAGACAGUUAGGAAGUAGCUGUGCAAGCUUUUAGAUAGGGAUUGAUUGUAUGUCAGCUUAGGAAAGAAAUAAAAUUGAGAUACUCCAUUCAAAAUCUCUCACUCUGUCUCUGUGUGUGUGUGUGUCUGUGUGUCUCUCUGUUACAUAUUAGGAUAUUUACAAUACAUGUACAUAAAUGUAUACCUGGUUGAGAUAUUUAUUUUGGGACUUCUUUUUUACAUAAUUUUUUUCCCUGGGUUAAUUUUGCUCACAAACUUGACAAAAGCCCAGUUUCCUGGUAAGCUCAGGAGGACAGAGGAAGGUAUAUUUUCAGAAUAUGGCCAAAAGGUUUGACCUCUCAUUGACCUCUAAUACUUCCUCCCUGGGUGGACUAGCCCACUUUCCCAGUGUUUUGUUCAGUAGAGACAUUUUCCAAUGAAAUUGUACUCAAAAAUAUUUUUUGUACUACAAUUGUAGUAUGCAAAAUUAUAUUUGAAUAGCUACAUGGAUGAAGCUCAGAGGGAAAUAUUUACUUCAUUGUCUUCAAUUAUUAUAUGAAAAGGAAACAAGACUUUCAACUGAUGUAGAAAACAUGGUGUUAUGGCCUGCCUCCACAGACUGUGUUCUUUUUCAUGAGAGAUUCAGAGACUGUGUUCUUUUUCAUGAGAGAUUCAGAGACCACACCUUUGCAUCUGUUUUUUAUCUGCUGGGGAAGCAGACCCUAGUGGGGAUCUCUCAGCAACAACUUACUGAGACACUCAGGGGACUAGGGGCUGCCCCAUGGCAGACAUGCCAGAUUCGACAUGCCAGCAGGCAGGCAGGUCAUCCAAACACAUUGUACAUCACAGUAGUACCUAAGUAAACUGGCACAUCCAUGGAAGAAGAAAAACACAUGGUACAUCAUACUGUAUGAUACAUGUAUCUGGACAAUACGGCUGCAAGUAUAGAACUAUAAAAUUAUGUUAGAUUACAAUCACAGAGAUAUACUAGAGCACCAAAAAAGAAUCCUUUUUUUCCGUGUCAAAAUUCCACUGGUUCAAUUUGUACUUUGCAAAAAAGCACUGCUUCACUGGUUUAAACCUGUCUAUGUAGCUCUGAAACCAAGGAGGUUUUGGUGAAACAUAUUACAGUGCUGGGCUCAUUUUGGCUAUUGAGGUCUGAAUGUCCCUGGGGACUGGCGAAAAUGUGGCUGCUGGCUAGAGAAGACCACUACCUCACAUGGGCGAAGUAAUCUCCAAGCAGACCCUAGGGUGGGAUACCGGUGACAAAAUGCAGUAUCAAAUUGGUCAGGCUGUACAGAAUUGAUCCAUUUCCCCACCCAAGGAUCUGCUUGGAGAUUACUGGGAAGUUGCCUGCUUGUAAAAUUGGACAGGACUAUUUUUUUAAGCUGCUCAGCCUCUUUUAUCCUCUCUUUCGUCCUGCCUGAUUUAAUUAAUAAUUAUGUUUAGCCAUUUAUAGGCAAGUUUUAAUGUGGCUUUUGCAGCAGUAACCUGGAUGACUGCUCAAAUCAAUUCACGUUUGACUGACAAAAUAAAAGACAGAGUCAAAAUAUAGUCACAAGGCUUUGGUAACAUGUAAAGUAAUAUUCAGAAGUAGGACAUAGUGCCUUGAAUACAGUAAUUCCUGAUUUUUGGCUUAGUACAUUCAUGUUCACUGUUUUCAUGGUCUUAUCAUUACCAUAAUAUCAAAUCAUUUGUCUUCCAAGGUCUCUCUUCAAUCUCCUUGGUCUUCAAAGUUUUGCCCCCACCCUACACUGCUGCCGCCUUGAAGGUUACUAGUAUACGUGAACAUGUCCAUUUUCCUCAAACUGAAAUUCGCUACAGAGAAUGGCAAAUUUUAAGACAAAGUGAAUUACAGUACCCCGCUUAACAACUGAUGUCUUAACAACUGUCCCUUUUUUACAACUUUUAGUCUCAGCCAAAUUGCCAUCACUGCUUUCAAAAGUGAGGUGUGGCCUAUUUUUCACCAGCAUUUAAGAAAUAUGUAGUUUUGUACCAACGAUAAGUUAUGUGCACUCGGUUUUACAUGGUGAAAUGUUUUUUUUUAUGGCUUUACCUGUACUGGUAAAGCCAUAUUGUUUUUACUCUUGUUGAAAGAUCAUUUUCCCAAAUUGCGUACGUAGUUAAAAACUUUUAACGUAGGGAGAAAGUAAGGAGUCAACAUUUAACACUAUGAAAAUUCAGGAAAGUGAAAAUAAGGCGCCAAAAGAAUCAAAACACACUGGGCGCAGCAAUGGGUGCUGGAACCAGAGCAAUUAUCACCUUGCUUGAUGUAUUAUAAUUCACGACUUUCUACUGGCACCUUUGCUCAGUGACAUUGUAAUUACUACGUACUAUUAAGUACUAGGUAACUUACUUUAAGUAUAUAAUGAUAAUAAAAUGGGCUCUCAGGCCUAUAAGUUUCAUAAUACUAUAGAGACUGGGAGAGUGCACAACCAUGAUGGUUCAAUUCCAUCUGGACAGAUUCCCAAAACAUUUGGUACAUCUAAGGAGGUUGGAACAUUCAUUACAGGAGUCUUAUCUACUAGUAUCAAUAUUGAUAUUUCAAAAUGAGUGUAAGCAAAUACUAGUACAUGUAUUUAGUAUAUAGGUAAUAGAAUUAGUAUAUAGGUGUAUAUAGUAUAUAGGUCGGAAGUUAUCGGAUGAUGAUGAUGAUGAUAUAGGUAAUAGAACCCCUUGAUAGAUUACUUUUAUAAUCUCACUGUAUCUUUGCUUCAUCCUCCAACGAAACUGUAUCCAAUGCAAUUUUAGGGCAGCCAAAAAAUAUUCUGAAUUAGGAAAUCGGGUGUCUGAUAUUGACAUUUACAGUACCACUUCUAAGCACAUUUUUGUCAUCAUUCCAUACAUAAAGCAUUGAUUUGAAAUAGCCAAACAACAAGCUACAUCUCAGGUACAUGUAUUUCCCAAAAUAGGUUGAACCAGCUUUAUGGUACAAAACAAACAACCAUUUCCAAUCAGUCACAUUGCAUUUUCCCCUCACAGAUAUCAGUUUGCUCAAUAUAUUAUUGUGGGGUAGGUUUGAUUCAAUUUAAAUGAAUGACCAGGAAACUGACUUUGAAAAUACAGUUUGCUGCGCUGAAAUCACAAUUGCCAUUUAAAUCACAUUUGGAAGGACACAACCAGUUGAUGUUACACAUUAAUUUCCUACACUACGUGAAGGGUUCUGCAGAAUGGUCCGGAACCGGUUUCAAAGGACAAGACUGGGACAAGACACCUAUGAAGAUAUCACCGACGGACUCCAGUACAAGAAAAUCGAAGCCUUGAAAAACCCGAACAACAUGUCACUGCUGAUGAACACUGAUGGUGUCAGAGUGUUCAAAUCGAGCAAUUAUGGAAUCUGGCCAGUGUACUUCACAGUCAAUGAACUUCCGUACAAUCAAAGGACCAAGCGAGAGAACUGCAUCUUUGCUGGAGUGUGGUUUGGAGUCCUGAAACCCCCAAUGAUUGCAUUUCUGGAGCCAUUUGCCGAAGCCCUUGCCAAUCUACAGAGAGGUAUUGAGGUACAGCCACCAAACGAAGAAAGCUACAUCGCAAAGGUGUUCCUUGUUGGGUGCACUGCUGAUAUGCAGGCCAAAGCAUUGCUCAUAAACAUGAAGCAGCACAACGGCAAGUGUGGCUGUCCAAAGUGUCUGCAGGAAGGGACCCACGCUGGACACAAACAACAGUAUCCCUUCCAAACUGCCAACCCCAAAGGCCCAAAACGAACACAUGAGGAGGCAAGAGCACACGCUGAAGCUGCCCUUGCAUCAUCCAAAGACGUGUUUGGCAUAAAAGGUGCCUCUUGGCUGACCACAAUACCACACUUUGACAUCAUUGAAGGAAUGGCUAUUGAUUACAUGCAAGGGACACUUCUUGGUGUCACUAAACGCUUGAUCCAUUUCUGGUUUUUCGACAAGAAUGGAGAGUGGUAUUGUGGUGAGUCUAAGCUGGCAGUUGACAACAUGCUGGAAAGCAUUAAGCCACCGAUGGAGGUACAUCGAAUGCCAAGGAGCAUCUCCUCUCAUCUCCCGCACUGGAAAGCUGAUGCGAGCUGUCUUCAUCAUACAGAAAUUCCCAGAGGUCACCAGAGAGUGCUUUCAGCCUGGAACUCCAGCCCAGGACUUCAUCCACAAGAUAUGGAAGCAGAGAAACCCGGACGAAAUAUCUGGCUAUACUCGGAUAGGUGACAACUGUUAUGCUGUUGGCUACCUGAAGGCCGACAAGAAAUGCGGUAGUGGGCUGAUGAAGAAGGACCACUACGAUGCAGUCGUGCUUGCCAAACAACAGCCUUUAGGACAUCUAGCCACAUAUGACAGAAUGAUGAUACAUGGGACCAUGUACCAUUCGGUGGCGUACAAACGGGUGACCCGGCACAAUUCAUAUACUGUUGUGUUCGGUGAAGAGGGGCGUGUUGGUGAGAUUCUUUACUUUGUGCAAGACGUUUCCAAGUCUUGCAAUUGUGUUGCCCCAUCAUGCCAUUGCAGCCCAACUGCACGCCACUAUGCCAUAGUGUGUGUGUUGACAGCGAUCCUGCCAGGACAAGCAGAGAACGACAUCACGCUUCAUUCUGUCCCACACAUUAACAAACACGAACGCUCCGAUGAUAUAGUAGCUGUUGCCCUUAAGCCAAUAACCACUAAGGUAGUACCCAUCUCCAUUGGCAAUUACAUAUAUACAGCAAAGUUCCCUAACAAUGUAGAGAAGGAGUAAAAUUCUACUUUUGUCAAUCGCAUCUUGACACAAAGUUGAUCUCAAUACUACAAAAAUCCACCACAGUGCCUAUCCCAUCUUGAACUUUUAAAACGAAAACAUGUUGUUGCUAUUGUAGUUAUGAGUUUUUGUUCAAACUGAGAGUGAGAUUAGAAGAGAGGCAGCAUCUAGGUAGCAUUUUACCUGUAUCUAAUGUUUUGGUCCCUUUAUGAUGCACAUACAUUGUAUAUGGACUCACCAUUGCACCUGAGGGCAACAUCACAGAAUACCUGCCUUAUUUCACAGCCUGCCAUAACAGGUUUAGUUACAAAGACAGUGCAUUUUUUGUCAUCCUGCCAAAAUAUGUACAUGAUUUAUGUAUUCCCAACAUUUUUUUCAAUUGUUUGACAAUCAAAAUGUCAGGUAAAACUGUGUGUGAAGUGGGCCUCAUAGUUUGUUAUUAGCAUUAGUGCACAAGGGCUUUUCCCUUAUUUUGAUUUUUGUUGCCUUGAAAUAUGAUAGUUACUGUACCAUCCAGUAUGCUUUGGAUGGCUUGCACACUGAGAUUGUUGUCAUUAACUUUUAUCCAUGAAAUUGUCUGGAGUUUUUUUUCCCUUCCUUUUUAUUUGGCAGCAAAUAAUUGUUUUAACAUUUGUUAUUUGUUAAUUGCACAAUAGUGCUACAGCUAUGAAUUCUCUGAUCUAAGGUUACAUAAUUCUGUUCUAUCACUUGUUGAUUCCUAGUCAAUGUAACUAGUAAAAAGGUAACUACUACAUUUGUAAACUAGUGUAAUACAGUACCAUACCCUGUCCAACUCGAAUUAAGUUUGUCAAUACGUGCAAUAAAACAUAUUGCAAUUCUC